CGCGCCCUGCCAAGCUCUCGCGAGAGCGGUGACUACGUGUCUGGACGUGCAGCGGUUCUCACUUUCUGUCAUGGCGCUGAAGGUGGCGGCGGUCGUCGGUGGCGCUGCAAAAGCGGUGCUCAGACCCGCCCUUCUCUGCCGUCCUUGGGAGGUUCUAGGUGCCCAUGAGGCCUCCUGGAGGAGCUUCUCACAACAAACAAUUCCUCCAUCGGCUAAGUAUGGUGGGCGGCACACAGUGACCAUGAUCCCGGGGGAUGGCAUCGGGCCAGAGCUCAUGUUACACGUCAAGUCUGUGUUCAGGCAUGCAUGUGUGCCAGUGGACUUUGAAGAGGUGCACGUGAGCUCCAACGCUGACGAAGAGGACAUCCGCAAUGCCAUCAUGGCCAUCCGUCGGAACCGUGUGGCCUUGAAGGGUAAUAUCGAAACAAACCAUAACCUGCCACCGUCCCACAAAUCCCGAAACAACAUCCUUCGUACCAGCCUGGACCUCUAUGCCAAUGUCAUCCACUGUAAGAGCCUGCCAGGAGUGGUGACCCGGCACAGGGACAUAGAUAUCCUCAUUGUCCGGGAAAACACAGAGGGCGAGUACAGCAGCCUAGAGCACGAGAGUGUGGCCGGAGUGGUGGAGAGCCUGAAGAUCAUCACCAAAGCCAAGUCCCUGCGCAUUGCCGAAUACGCCUUCAAGCUGGCCCAGGAGAGUGGGCGCAAGAAAGUGACAGCUGUGCACAAGGCCAACAUCAUGAAACUAGGCGACGGGCUCUUCCUCCAGUGCUGCAAGGAGGUGGCGGCCCGCUAUCCCCAGAUCACCUUUGAGAACAUGAUUGUGGACAACACCACCAUGCAGCUGGUGUCCCGGCCCCAGCAGUUUGAUGUCAUGGUGAUGCCCAAUCUCUACGGGAACAUCGUCAACAACGUCUGCGCGGGACUGGUCGGGGGCCCUGGCCUCGUGGCUGGCGCCAACUACGGCCAUGUGUACGCCGUGUUUGAGACGGUGAGUUUCUGGGGCCGUUGGCCCUUCCGUGCUCUAGAGCUCGCGUCCCGUCCACUUUGCCGAAAGCCCCCGAGCACUGAAAGCUGCCCUCCCUCCCUCCUUAGGCUCCACUCCUAUGCCGCCUCCAUCCGUAAGGCUGUGUUGGCGUCCAUGGACAACGAAAACAUGCACACCCCAGACAUCGGGGGCCAAGGCACUACAUCGGAAGCCAUCCAGGACAUCAUCCGCCACAUCCGCAUCAUCAAUGGCCGGGCUGUGGAGGCCUAGGUUGUCCCUGGGCCUCCCUUAGCUCGCUCCCCCUUCCCGCUCCCAGCCCCUCAGCCAGCUUGGUGGGCAGACCCAGAGUAAAUCAGCUUCUGGCCCGA